AUGGAAGUCGAGCUGCCAAACAUCCAGAAAGCUACAUCAAGCGAUUACUGGAGUUUGGCCAGCAACCAGUAUCCAUCUGGUAAAUUUCCUAAGGUCUCAAUUGGCAUCCCAAUUUCAAGGGCAGGUUCUGUAUCAAGAGGCAGAGAUGCUGCUACUGCCCCUGCGUUCGAGAGGAACUUGUCUCAGGCAACUGAUGGAAGAUCUAGACCCCCUAAAGGCUGCAAUGCUCCACUCCAGGUCUCGCAAGAAGCUGCAAACCAUGGUGGAUCUGCUACAGAGGCACCUGAAGCCGUCCCUGUUAAGGUUUCUCUAUCACAACAUGAGCAGACAGGAACCUUUUCCUUUGGAACAAGAAAAGAACAAGGCAGCCAGCUUGAUCAACCAGAAAAGGAACCCUUUGUGAGUUCAGAAGGAAAGCGUCUAGUGGAAUCUGCAGAUAAAACCAAGCCUAACAGUGAAGUGCUCAGGAUGAAGCUGUGGGAGAUCCUUGGUGGUACUGCACAAACCAAGCAGGCUGUUACUUCACCAAACUCUGAAGACAUUGAUACACCUGACCAACCUAAAAUGCAAACCACCAAUGUCCCAUCUCCAGGGAACAAGAAAGUUAACACAUCACCUCUUCCUGAUAAUAUCAAGACACCUGAUCUGCUGAACUGUCAAACAGCUAGCUAUAUGAAGAGUAAACCAUCCUCUGAUCCAAUUGAGUCAGAUUCUCAUACUCCACAAGUAGUUGAAAUAAGGCAUGUUACUCGCACCUUGGGGCUCCGGAAACCCGCACCAGCAGCCUCCAAGCAGCAGGAUAAGAGCCAGAGUGCAAAGAAACCAUUGUGUACUUCACGUUCUGCACCCAAGCAGAAAAAACUGGACAAUGUGUUUGUUUUCAAUGAGAAAUGCACACCCAAAACAGUGGAGAAAACUACAAAUGGUAACUCUGCCUGCUUGAGAAAUCUUAGAAGCUCUAGUAGGAAGGCUAAAGCAGAGCUGAAGAAGAUCCACUGUUCUGACAGGAUUUCCGACAAGACCACACAAGAUGAUGGGGAAGGGCAGUUACCUACUAGAAAUGCACCAUCAGAGAAUAAGGGAGAGAAAACCGCCUCCUUUUCUUCUUUGUCCCGAACUGGAAAAACUGCUGAGAGCCGUUCAAGAAGCCCUACAAGGGAGAAACAGUUGAAGGGAAGAGCUACAAGGGAGAAACAGUUGAAGGGAAGAGCUAAAGUUGGGCCAAGGAAGAUGCAAUUCUCAGAAACGUUGCUAGCCACGAAACUCAAUGAGGGUGAGGAUAAGGUCUCUUCUCAGAAUAUUUCAUCAAAGAGCAAGGAAAAUUAUUCUUCAUCGCUGCACCGGAAGGAGAAUUCUAAUUUCCAGAAAGCUUCAGAUAGAAACCCUCAGGCACAUACAGCAGCUGGAAAUAAUUUUAACUCGCCACUGUCUGGUGCUGCUAGUCCUGAACCAAAAAAGUACCCAUGGGAUCAUGAUGCAAGUCCCCAGAUAAAUGGUAAAGCUGGAGAGAUGUUUGCCAGUCCAUUGGCAGACAGAUUCAGAGACAUGCGAGAUGAUUUUGCAAGUCCUACUUUUGCAAAUGAUGUAAAUGGCAACCACCAAAGAAGUAAAAUGCUAGAUGAUGACACAUACAGCCCCAAAUAUCCAAGAAGAGUGAACAGGUCAAGAUCAAGUUCCUAUGCUUCAGAUCCAGAGUCUGAGCAAUUGGAUGGAAUGGAUAAAACUGAUGAGGUACCUAGCAGUGAAUCUCCUGAUUCUCCAGAAGAAAGAGAGAACAAAAAACAACCAUAUACUUCACCCAUUUCACUAACUGAAGAUGAAGGGGAUCAAAUUUCUGUUCCAAGCUUUCGGAAAGGAUAUAAAUCUCGCAAAUGGCUUUCAGACAUAGACAUGCCUGAUAAAUCUCCCCCUGAAAAUCUGGAUAAGGAAUCACUUUUAAAAGAGGGUAAAAGAGGCAAAAGGCGCUUACCUUCGCCUAUUCCUUUUGCCACUUCUGGAACACAAGAAACUACAAUGUCAGACAAAGAACCAGUACAAUGCCCAGAUGACUACCUAUCCAGGGCUUUUGAUCAGUUACUGGUGGUGCUGGGAAGGUUCCAAACCAAGAUCAAGUUUGAGACAAGCAAUAAAAGUAAUGAGAUACUGGCAUCUACUGGAGAGAUAAUAAGCCAGCAUCUCCAGGGGGUUGAGGUGCAGAUGCAGGAUGAUUUGGAUAAGCUGGUAAACGCAGGAAAAUCUAAAAGGAGGCGACUAGAAUCAAUAUUUGAAGAGCAACAAGAACAGUUAAGGGUUCUUCAUGAGAAGUUCAAGGAGGAGGUAAAUCAGCAGUUGCUUGAUUGCAAGAACUCUCUCUCAAACUUUGAAGCCUAUCACACAGAACUUAAGGGAGUAGCUGACAAGCAAAAAGCAUCACACAAAAAGCUUCUCCAACUUGCUGAGAAAACAGUUGGUUCUCAGCUCAACGAUGCUGAAAUCAAAAUCGCGGAGGUUCAGAAGAGAGCCCGGAAGAAGAUGAAUGGCCUAAAAUACGUACUCAAGGAGCUUAUCAUGGAAACUGCAGAUUGAUCAAGUUCAAAUGCUGUACACAAGUACAUAUCUAAGGUGAAACCACUAGGGUGCCACAUCACAAACAGGUCUAUGGCUCCAUCUUACAAAGGGUAUAGGAGGAUGGUGCCAGAAUGCAUAUAUGGUUCCUUUUCGUAGAGUUACAAGUUGAAAUCUUUCAAGACAGUUAUCGU